CUAUCUACAGACAAAAACAUCAAACGCUAUCAAGGCUGAUCUCGCUACAAAUACACGGAGGUGUAACACCUCAUGAAUUUAAUAGUCAAAGACUGAUUUCACGCGAUAUCGCAACAUUUCUACAGAGUUUUCGCAUCACGCGCGCGCGCGCGGUGUGUGUGUGUGUGUGUGCGUGUGUAUCGUGCACGAAGGAAACAUUUCAAUCACACGUGUGCGCAAGAAAGGGAAAAUGUCUUUGAUCAACAGAUUUAUGGUUGUUGUCAAACGAAAGCCUCAAUACAAUAAUUUCUAUCGAGUGUCUAGAUAUUCGACGUCGAGCUUCAACGAGAAACAAAACAAUCGUAACGAUUCGAUCACAAAGUCAGUAUUCAUAUCGCAGUCCACUGAUGUAUUCACCAAUCUAGCGUUAGAGGAUUGGUUCUACAAGAACCAAGAUUUUACAAAUCAUCACGUGUUACUUCUAUGGCGUAACAAUCCGUGUAUAGUGAUCGGACGCCAUCAGAACCCGUGGAUCGAGCACAAUACCCAGCUAGCUGAGAAACGUGGUGUAGUACUGGUCCGACGUAACAGUGGUGGCGGUACUGUCUACCAUGACCGUGGUAAUUUGAAUUUGUCGUUCUUCACACCGCGGGAACGAUAUAACCGGAAAUACAAUCUGGAAAUCAUAACCAGAGCUUUGUACCGGGAAUGGGGUGUCGAAGCGGAGGUUAACAAACGCGACGACAUCGUUGUCGAAGAGAAGUACAAAGUAUCCUUUCGCAUAUCGGGUACCGCGGCGAAAUUAGGACGUCCUAACGCAUAUCAUCACUGCACGCUAUUGGUCAACGUUAAUAAAACAGCUUUAAACUUGUCACUGGAGAAAAAAGAGAAUGGUAUAGAAACAAAUGCUACAACGUCCACGCGUUCUCCGAUAAAAAAUUUAGUUGAUAUAAAUUCUCACAUCCAGAUGGACAAACUCAUUACCGCGAUAGGCUGGGAAUAUCUUCGCACUAACGCUCUCGUUCUAGAAGACGGUGGACAGGAACUCAUUCAACGUCAAAAAGGAUUUCAAUACAUCAAUCCCACCGAAGAUUGGUUUCCAGGAUUGGACAAAUUAAUAAGCGAGUUUCGUUCCUGGGAAUGGAAUUACGGUAAAACACCGAAAUUCAUGGUAACACGUGUUGUAGAUGUGCCUGCCGAAGACAACAAAAUCCAUCGAUUCAAUUUGGUGCUAGAAAUUGAAAACGGCAUCAUUGAAGAAAUUAAGAUGAAAUUGCCAGCCGAUUUGGUAUCGAGAGACUUUAACGAAGACGUGAGCGUGAUAACUAAUUUACGUGGCUCGAGAUACGAUCACGAAGUAAUGGAAAAUAUAAUAACCGCGAUCGGUUGUAAAACUGUAACGCUGAACACGAGUCAAACUGUAGAUAAAAGUAAUAUGAUUGCUACGCAAUGAUUAAACCCGACGAACAAUCACAAUGAUUGUACUUAAAUUAUCGUUGUAUUGAAAACAUUAUUUUUGUAUUUUAGUUCCACUGAAAGAUUAAUUCUUUCCAAUGUGUAAUAUACUGUAACAUAAAUGAUAAAACAGAAAAAAAAGAUGCAUUUUAGAUUAUGUACUCUUUGACUUUAUAUUUUUGCAUUAUUAAUAUAUAUAUAUAUAUAUAUAUACGUGUUACUUGUGUAUUCUUCUUGUUAAUAAAUAUUACUCUUGUUAAUGAAA